AUGCUGGCUACAGUGGAGCGCUCCUGUCUGCUUAGUUUCUGCCGUAGUCCAAUUAUGCCUCAUUCUAAAAGGAUGUUUGCUGACAGGAUCUCUGAUGCCUAUAGAGCUGUUAGGAAGCAACCACAAGCAGCAUUAAAGGAGGGAGGUGGUUACGCUACAAAGAUUUCUUACGACCAGCAAAUGAAGACACAGAGAAUCCAUGGCGCGGAUGCAGAAAGCGGUGUCAUACCAACAAAAUGGCAGAAACUAUGCUUGGUGAUCACCAGACUGUACAAUCGACCAAGUGACAUUCCACAAUACAUUUCGUGA